AAGAGGCAGACCACUACAACUUCGGGGCGGGCACCCUGUCACGAAAGAAGAAGGUGCUGGUGACGCUGCGGGACGAGGGUCUGCGCCGGCGCGCACACCUCAACAUCGGCAUGCCCCACGACUUCCGCCCCGUGUCCUCCAUCAUUGACGUGGACAUCCUCCCCGAGACGCACCGCCGAGUCAGGCUGUACAGGCACGGCUGUGAGAAGCCACUGGGCUUCUACAUCCGCGACGGCACCAGCGUGCGGGUGACCCCCCACGGGCUGGAGAAGGUGCCGGGCAUUUUCAUCUCCCGCAUGGUCCCCGGGGGCCUUGCAGAGAGCACCGGGCUGCUGGCCGUGAACGACGAAGUCCUAGAGGUGAACGGGAUCGAGGUGGCCGGAAAGACGCUGGACCAGGUCACGGACAUGAUGAUCGCCAACAGCCACAACCUCAUCAUCACCGUGAAACCCGCCAACCAGCGGAACAACGUGGUCCGCAGCAGCCGCACCUCAGGCAGCUCCGGCCAGUCCACGGACAGCACCGCCAGCCACCACAGCCUGCCGGCCGCCCACGUGCUACAGAACUUCCACCCCGACGAGAUGGAGAGUGACGAGGAGGCCGACAUCGUCAUCGAGGGGGCUCUGGAGCCCCGCCACGGGCCCAAGACGCAGGGGCCGCCCUCAGGCAGCCUCUCUCGGGUCAAUGGCACCAGCCUGGCGCAGAGGCUGCACCGGGACCUGGCCCUGAACAGCUCCGGGCGCGAAAGCAACGGCAGCAUCCACAAACUGCUCAGCUCCCUAAAGUCAGACCCCCGCCACAGCCUGGUCUUCCCCCAGGGAGGAGUCGAGGAGCACGGGCCCGCCGUCACGCUCUAGUGCUGCGCGGGCCGCUGGGUCGCCUGCAGACCUCACGGAGCGGGCAGAGAGUCCGGAGGGACCUGGCCAGGACUGUUGAGUACACAGUGAUAAGUAAAAUUCCAAGGGGAAAUAUUUUUAAAUUUUUUAUUCCAAUUUUAAAAUAAGAAAGAUAAUUGUAUAAAUCACCCCUUCUUUUUUGUUUUUAUCACUCCCUUUUCUCCCACAACCUUACUCUGCUUGACCUCCUGGAUAUAGUAAAAAUGCCAUCUAUUUUUAUAGAAUUUCUUCACAGAACUUAAAAUACACACAUGUACA